CCGCGGCCGCGCCGGCCCGCUCGCACCAGUCUCUCGCGUCCAGUCCUCCCGCGCAGCAGCUCCAAGUGCGCCCCUCGCCCUCCUGCUCGCGCCCCGCCGCCAUGGUCGCCUCCCCCGCGCGGCCCGCGGUCCUGGCCGUGACUGGGCUGGUGCUGCUCCUGCUCCUGUGCUGGGGCCCAGGUGGCAUAAGUGGAAAUAAACUCAAGCUGAUGCUUCAAAAACGAGAAGCACCUGUUCCAACUAAGACUAGCGUGGCCGUUGAUGAGAACAAAGCCAAAGAAUUCCUCGGCAGCCUGAAACGCCAGAAGCGGCAGCUGUGGGACCGGACUCGGCCCGAGGUGCAGCAGUGGUACCAGCAGUUUCUCUACAUGGGCUUUGACGAAGCGAAAUUUGAAGAUGAUAUCACCUAUUGGCUUAACAGAGAUCGAAAUGGACAUGAGUACUAUGGUGAUUACUACCAACGUCACUAUGAUGAAGACUCUGCAAUUGGUCCCCGGAGCCCCUACAGUUUUAGGCAUGGAGCCAGUGUCAACUAUGACGACUACUAACCAUGACCUGCCACACGCUGUACAAGAAGCCAAUAUUGAUUCUCUUCAUGUAUCUCCUAAUGCCUUACACUACUUGGUUUCUGGUUUGUUCUAUUUCAGCAGAUCUCUUCUACCUACUUUGUGUGAUCAAAAAAGAAGAGUUAAAACGACACAUGUAAAUGCCUUUUGAUAUUUCAUGGGAAUGCCUAACAAUGUAUCUCAUUUAAAGAUAGAAAUAAAGCAUUUUGUUAAAAAGAAAA